AACAAUAACAAAGGGAGCAGUUGAGACCUCGGAGAAGAAACGAAAAAGGAACUGACCGCGAAACUCCGAACUAAAGGGUCCAGAAACUUCUUCCGGGAAGAAUUGUAUUUAUAUAUUUUUAUAUAUCGCACGGCAAAUAAUCUACCUCAACCACUUGAACUGAUCUGUUUUUGUUCUUGAAGUCAACCCUCUUCCUGUUUACAUUACUUUUUGCCGCAGGGCCUGUUUUUGCACAAUCAACAAGAGCUAUGGCUGAAAUUCAUCAGGUGUUCCUCGGCUGAGAAGGAGUAACUAAUGCACUUCAGCACCUUUACCAAGAUCUCAGUGAGCGGCUCCCGCAGCUGAUGACCAAAGAGCCCGACCCUCGCCCACUCCCAGCAGGACUAUCCAACCUCACGCCUCUGCCCCGGACAACACCAUGUUCCAGAGGUUCACCAGCAUCUUGUUUGGAGACUCCCUGGAGGAGGGCAGUGGAUGUCCUGUGGAUCCAGACUUCAAUGAGAAGGAGGAGGACGAUGAGUGGAUUCUGGUCGAUUAUCUAGCGAAGGCCUGCUCCGGUGCAUGUGGAGAUGAUCUGGUGGAGGUGUGCUCUGGCGAUGUCGCUCCCCUGGACUGUCCCGUGCGCUGCUCCUCCUGUUCCUCUCUGGAUUCGGCGGCAGACACUGACGCAGAGGACGGCAACUUCUUACAUCUAGAGGCGACAUGUGGGCUAGAAGAAAGCUGGUUCAUCACCCCUCCGCCGUGUUUCAUGGCUGGAGGCAGAGCUCCGGUCCUGCUGGAGACCAGUCCUCUGGAGAACCUACUGAUCGAGCAUCCCAGCAUGUCUGUGUACGCCUUUCACAGCCCUCGUCAACGACCUGCCAAGGACGGCACCCAUGAGCCAUCCAUUUUAAGAUCUGACAUUCAGCGCCGGCCCAGUCACCCUUCUGGCUGCUACACAGCCGCUCUGGUUGCUGCUCACGCCGGGUUUCUGGAGCAGACCAAGAACGGCCGCUUGGCCCAGCGCAUCCGUGACAACGUGGAGCGCCAGCAGCUGUCCCGCAAUGCUCUCCGUCGCCUCAACCUGCUGCGCGACGGUGGAGCCAGACAGGCUAAAGCCACCGGAGGCUAUGUUCACCAGCCGGGACAGAGGCAGUACAACUACUGAGACAGUCCCCACUGCACUCCCCUGCACGCCACCCCUUCCACACUGGGAGAAUUGGCCUUUCGCCAGAAGGAAUGGAGUCCUUUAGAAUCAAUGCCAUAGGUCACUUUACUUCACAGCAGUUUCCACUCGACCUGAAUGUGUCUGCGUCAUGUUUCCUUUAUAAGCUAUAUCUGAUAGGUUCUGUCUUAUGUUAUGUGUCAUGAAGGUUGAAUAACCAAGUGUUUUGUUAUAGUGAGCAUAAUGUUGUAGUGCUCUGUUUGAGCAUUUGUAGGCAGCUUGGCACUUUCAAUGCCUUUAACUUGUCUUUGCUUUGUUUGUUUUUAAAGCCAUACUAAGUUCGUUCACAUCAGUGAUGAAAUCAUCAGCAGCACUUUUCUGGUUAGGAAGGAACCUGCCUGUGAUUCUGUAGAUCAGUACUUUCUUGCUCUUUGAUUUUUUUUUUCUCUUUAAAAAAAAAGGUAAAGUAUA